UAAACCGUUUGAGUCACCAUCUGAGGGGACGACACGCUCGCCAACUCGUGGACAGAUGGACAGAUAGAGACGGAGAAAGAGACACACAGAGAUAGACGGACAGAGAGAGACACAGAGUGAAGGAGAGGGGCAGUUGGUGUCCUUUACGCACAUUACGCACAGACCUUUGCCGUGCGUCCUGGCGCAUUCAGUGCUCGGAGGAGUAAAUGACUGUUUGUGUGUAACUUUUGUGUCUAAACGUUUGAUUUGAACUCCAGUCUUAUGACUUCUUCCUCUUCCUGUCUGCGUGUGUCCGCUGUGACUGCUUGGUAAUAAAUGCUGCGGCGCUGCUGCCUGGACUUCCCCGCGGUUUUGGAGCAGGUGUUUAUUUCACGGUAACCGUUUCUCUCUCGGCGCAUUAGUGACUCUUUGGACGGGUUUCAGCGUCUAUCCGGGCGGACAUGUCGGGACAGAAACCGUCCUUGAAGAGUGGCGGCUCCCCUCAGAGCCGCUUCAAGGUGGAUGUGGUGACAGAAGCAUCAUCCGCAGCGCCUGCCCCGGCCUCUGCUCCUGCCCCGGCCUCCACGGAUGGAUCCAAGCCGCCCGAGGAGGCCAAAGGCCGGUUCAGGGUGGUGGGGUUCCUGGAUACAGGGGCGCUGGGCAGCGCGAUGGACAUCGGGCUCCCGCCUGAUGUCUUCCACGAGCCGGACACAGCGAGGAGCGACUCGGUCAGCAUCCAUUCAACCGGCACGGGACACACGCACAUCUCCGACUCCCACUCCAACACCUACUACAUGAGGACCUUCGGACACAACACCAUAGACGCUGUGCCAAACAUCGACUUCUACCGGCAGACUGCCACCGGAGAGAAGCUGUUCAGACCGUCGCUGUCGGAGCUGCACGAUGAACUCGAUAAAGAGCCGUUUGAGGACGGUCUGGCCAAUGGAGAGGAGCCAACAGCGGCUGAGGAGGCUGCAGCGGCUUUGGCAGCAAAGGAGGCGAAAGGAGGAACUGUCAAGUUUGGUUGGGUCAAAGGAGUCUUGGUCCGUUGCAUGCUGAAUAUCUGGGGUGUGAUGCUUUUUAUCCGAAUGUCCUGGAUUGUUGGACAGGCUGGAAUCGGACUGACCAUUGCGAUCAUUCUCAUGGCCACUCUGGUCACCACCAUCACUGGUCUGUCUACCUCUGCUAUAGCAACCAACGGCUUCGUACGUGGAGGUGGAGCAUACUACCUGAUCUCCAGGAGUCUGGGACCAGAGUUCGGAGGUUCCAUUGGUCUCAUCUUUGCGUUCGCCAACGCCGUGGCUGUGGCCAUGUACGUCGUAGGCUUUGCAGAGACGGUCGUUGAGUUACUUAAUGAUGUUGAUGCUCUGAUGACUGAUGAGCUAAAUGACAUUCGUAUCGUUGGGACUCUGACCGUCAUCCUGCUGCUGGGAAUCUCUGUAGCUGGGAUGGAGUGGGAAGCCAAGGCUCAGAUUGUCCUCCUGGUGAUCCUGCUGGGAGCCAUCGCCAACUACUUCAUAGGAACCUUCAUGACAUCAGAGAGCAAAGAGCCCAAAGGAUUCUUCGGCUACCACUCUGCCAUCUUCUUAGAGAACCUGGGUCCAGACUUCAGAGACGAGGAGACAUUCUUCUCUGUGUUUGCCAUUUUCUUCCCAGCAGCCACCGGGAUCCUGGCUGGAGCCAACAUCUCCGGAGACCUCAUGGACCCUCAGUCAGCGAUCCCUAAAGGCACUCUACUGGCCAUCCUCAUCACAGGAAUCACCUAUGUGGCCGUCGCCAUCUCCACAGGCUCUUGCAUCGUCAGGGAUGCCACCGGCGACCACAAUGACACAGUGAGUGACACGGUUAACUGCACCGACGCCGCCUGCACGCUGGGCUACGACUUCUCCAUUUGCAAGGAGGGAGGCUGUCAGUACGGCCUGAUGAACGACUUCCAGGUGAUGAGUCUGGUGUCGGGCUUCGGGCCUCUGAUUACCGCAGGGAUUUUUUCAGCCACUCUGUCGUCGGCUCUGGCCUCACUCGUCAGCGCGCCCAAAGUCUUCCAGGCUCUGUGUAAGGACAACAUCUAUCCAGGACUGCAUGUGUUUGCAAAGGGUUAUGGGCGGAACAAUGAGCCUCUCCGUGGUUACGUCCUGACCUUUGGCAUCGGCCUCGCCUUCAUUCUCAUUGCGGAGUUGAACAUCAUCGCUCCCAUCAUCUCCAACUUCUUCCUGGCUUCGUACGCUCUCAUUAACUUCUCGGUGUUCCACGCCUCUCUGGCCAACUCUCCAGGGUGGCGUCCCAGCUUCAAGUACUACAACAUGUGGGUGUCUCUUGCGGGGGCGAUCCUGUGCUGCGUGGUGAUGUUUGUCAUUAAUUGGUGGGCAGCUCUGGUCACUCUGCUCAUCGUCCUCGCUCUCUACAUCUACGUCAGCUACAAGAAACCUGAUGUGAACUGGGGUUCGUCCACUCAGGCUCUGAUCUACAACCAGGCUCUGACUCACUGUAUGAACCUGACUGGAGUGGAGGACCACGUUAAAAACUUCAGGCCGCAGUGUUUGGUGAUGCUUGGUUAUCCCAGCUCUCGUCCUGCUCUGCUUCAGCUGGUUCACUCUUACACUAAGAAUGUCGGCCUCAUGGUCUGCGCUCACGUCAGGACCGUAACCCGUCGGCCGAACCUGAAGGAGGUGUCUCAGGAACACGCCCGCUGUCAGCGCUGGCUCAAUAAGAAACGCUUCAAGGCCUUUUACCAUCAUGUGUUCUCUGACAACCUGAGGCACGGGGCGCAGAUCCUCAUGCAGGCGGUCGGUUUGGGUCGUCUGAAGCCCAACACACUGGUCAUGGGUUUCAAGAACAACUGGAGUGAUGGAGACAUGAGAGAUGUGGAGAUUUACAUCAACAUGAUACACGAUGCGUUCGACCUGCAGUUUGGAGUGGUGAUCCUUCGCCUGCAGGGUGGACUGGACAUCUCUCACAUCCAGGGACAAGACGAGCUGCUGUCGUCCCACGAGAAGCCCCCAGUCAGCAGUAAGGAUGUGGUGGUUUCUGUCAGUUUGCCUAAAGAGUCAGACUCUGACUCCUGUCCCUCCAAAACAACCAGCAACCAGAGCAGCCCGCUCAUCAUGAGAGAGACCAAGUCUCCUCUGAGUCUGACUGACCAGCGUCUGCUGGAGAGCAGCCAGCAGUUCAAGAAGAAACAGGGCAAAGGAACCAUCGAUGUCUGGUGGCUGUUUGAUGAUGGAGGUCUGACUCUGUUGAUUCCCUUCCUGCUGACCAACAGGAGCAAGUGGGGCGACUGCAGGAUCCGAGUCUUCAUCGGCGGGAAGAUCAAUCGCAUCGACCACGACCGCCGAGCGAUGGCCACCCUUCUGAGCAGGUUCAGGAUCGACUUCUCUGACAUCAACGUCCUCGGAGACAUCAACACUAAACCCAAGAAACACAAUAAGCUCAGCUUCAAAGAGCUGAUCGAGCCGUACAGGCUCAAGGAAGACGACAUGGAGCAGGAGGCUGCAGAGACGCUGAAGGCCCAGGAGCCCUGGAGGAUCACUGACAAUGAACUGGAGCUCUACAAGGCCAAGAGCAACCGCCAGAUCCGACUGAAUGAGCUGCUCAAGGAACACUCCAGCAUGGCAAAGCUCAUCGUCAUGAGCAUGCCUCUGGCCAGGAAGGGCACGGUGUCGAGCGCCCUUUACAUGUGCUGGCUGGAAACUCUGUCCAAAGACCUCCCACCUCUGCUGCUGGUCCGAGGAAACCAACAGAGCGUCCUUACCUUCUACUCCUAACACACACACACACACACAGACACACAGACACAGACACACACACACACAUCCAUGGGGUGUGUUACAGUAUUGCAUCUCCUACAGCUUCACAAGAACAGAAAUAUGAUCACGCUUUAAGUGUCACAGAUCUGAAACUUUUGUUUCCAUUCAGCUUCAUUUCAGUAAAUGUCUGUCUCUUUAACCGAUUAAUAAACUCAGUCAACAUUUAGCCGGCUGUUUCUUUUAUCUUCAGUGAUAACCAGCUGUAUAUUCUCUGGCCUCUGAGUGUUUUUUUGUGAAUGAGAGUAACUACAGUAACUUAUUUUAAUGUUUAUUUAUAUUGAUAAAAUCAUGAUUUCAGAAUGUUUGCUGGUAUUCAGGUGACCUGUAAUUAUGAAGUGGUAUUGUUUCUCACUGGGAGGACAAACUG